CGGCACCCCUGAUGAUAAGUUUAAUACUAAUGAUGCAUUACUAGCUGACACUUAACUAGCUUGUAUGUCCAAAACAGGUUGCUUGCUAAGUAUCCAAAGUGCUUUGACACAACAUUUCUGCCAGAUAAGAAAUAAGAACACAACGAUGCAGUGAGUGUGAGAGAAAAACAGCCAUGCUCGGUUAAUUAGCAUAAUGAGAAAAUAACAGUUGUCCUGUCUCUAUUUAAGGACAGGGCCCCUGGCCCCAGCUCAGAUGGCAUCACAACACCAUGAUUCAUGUUAAUAGUGUUAGACUAUUACUAAAUUGUGUUAAUGGAAAUGUCUAAUUUAUAGUUCAUUAUUUUAAUAAUCAGGUCAUUCAGUCUGGUCAUCAAUCACGUCAUUUUAAAAAAUCAAGUAGAAAUGCCAAACAUUCUCUGGUUUAGCACUUUAAGCUUCUCAAAUGUAAGAACUUGAACUUUUCUCUUUUGUGUCACUGGAAAUUAAAUACUAUGGGUCUCUAUCUAUGUGUUUUGUAUUCACUUUGUGCUCCAGGAUUUAGUUAUGGACAUUUGUCACAGUUGACAUAUUUUAGACUACACUGUGUCUUUAGUUCAGAUUGAAUGAGUUCAAAAGUGUAACGUUAGUUUAUUCUACGCACUCUGCUUUGUACCUUUUUGGUGGAUUGUGCUUCAAAAGCUCAUAAUUUGCCAUGUACUUAUCCUGCAACUUGUUUUUUCAUUUCUUAAAUUUUUUUCUUUGGCUGAAAAUGUCCUUGUUUUCUUGUUGCUCAGAUCGUUAAAGAAAGACAACAUUCAUUUUACCAUUUAGGGUUAUAAGACAACAGAUGUAUGCAGAAUGUCUUAGAACAAUACAUUGUUCUGAAGUCUGAAUUUGCCAUACAUCAGCGGCAGCAACUGAUGUAAAUACAAAGUACUGCCAUCACAUUUUAGCUGACCAAAGAUAUUUUAAAGAAGAGGAACCAGACUGAUCUGGUGCAGAGAUUGUCAGACAUGAGCUCAGGAACCAAAGAGAAACACCGUGAGGAUGAACAGGGGCCUUCGCUGAUCCAGAGAGUGGAAACGAUGGCGUCUGUUAUAGAGCUGCUUCUGGAAACGCUGGCAGAUUUGAGUGACAGGGAGUUUCAGCGAUUCAAGGAUUUCCUGCUUCAAACAAGCUUCCACAGACACUUCUUAGACAUCACACAGAAGUUGCUUGUAAUGAGAGACCGGCAGGACACGGUGUUUUUAUUGGUGCAGCGCUAUGGCGAACAGUCUGUGGAGAAGACAAACAAGGUUUUAAAGAGGGUGAAGAGGACUGAUCUGGUGCAGAGGUUAUCAGACAGCAGCUCAGGACCCAAAAAAAAACCCUCUGUUGAUGAACGCCUGUCUGCACUGAUCGACAAAGUGGCAACGAUGACGGCUGUUAAACAGCUGCUUUUGGAAACACUCUCAUAUUUGAGCUACUGGGAGCUGAAGAAGUUCAAGUGGUUGCUGCGGUUUAGGUUCUUCCCGAGGAGCUUUCCAGACAUCUCAUGGAAAGUGAUGCUCAUGACAGACAGGAGAGGCGCAGUGGUGGAUAUGGUGAUGGAGAUGUGCGGUCAGCAGUCUGUGGAGGUGACCAAGGAGGUUUUCAUGGACAUGAACAGGACUGAUCUGGUGCAGAGGCUGUCAGAGACCAGCUCAGGGCCUACAGGACCAGGCACCACGGCAGGGGCUGUGAUCGCCCCAGAGCAGAGGAAAGAUAGAGCCAUGCUGGCCCAGCUGGAACUUAAGGCUGCUUCUGCUGCAGGAUCAUCAGCUGAAGCAUUUGGUACCACAGAGAAAGAAAAUCACUCUGCAGAUGAACAUUGGCCUGCACUGAUCCAAGAAGUGGAAAUGAUGGCGUCUGUUAUAGAACUGCUCCUGGAAACGCUGGCUGUUUUGAGUGACGGGGAGUUUAGGAACAUCAAGAAAGUCCUCCUAAAACAAUUUCACUUGCGCAGACGUUUCCUAGACAUCUCAUUGAUGCAGCUGGAGACAAUAGACAUGCAGGUUGCAGUGUUUUUAAUGGUGCUGGUCUACGGCCAACAGUCUGUGGAGAAGACAAAGGAGGUUUUAAAGAGGAUAGAGAGGACUGAUCUGGUGCAGAGGUUGUCAGACGGCAGCUCAGGAUCCAAAAAGAAACCUUCUGCACUGAUCCAGACAGUCGCAACAAUAGCAGCUGUUGAACAGCUGCUUUUGGAAACCCUGAAUGAUUUGAGUAAUGAAGAACUCAGGAAAUUCAAGGAGUUCCUGCAGUGGAUUGUCUCCCAGGACCUCCCAUACAUCUCAUGGACGUUGAGACACACAGACAGAGCAGAAAUAGUGGAGUUGAUGGUGAAGAACUACGGCCAACAGUCUGUGGAGGUGACCAAGGAGGUUUUCAUGGACAUGAACAGGACUGAUCUGGUGGAGAGGUUGACAAAGCCCAGCUCAGGACUCAAAGAGAAACACUCUGUGGAUGAACAUCAACCUGCACCAUUCGAGAGAGCAGCUGUUAAACAGAUUCUUUUGGAAACCCUGGAGUAUUUGAGUCUUAUGGAGCUCAAGAAAUUCAUACGGUUGCUGCAGUUUACGUACUUCCAGAAAAGCCUCCCACAAAUCCCAAGGAGCAAAGUGGACGGGGUAAACAGUGCGCAUGUACUAAUGAAUCUGAUGGUGCAGACCUGUGGCCAGCAGUCUGUGGAGGUGACCAAGGAGGUUUUCAUGGACAUGAACAGGACUGAUCUGGUGGAGAGGUUGUCAGAGACCAGCUCAGGACCCAAAGAGAAACAUCUGUCUAAACAGUUCCAGAAAAAAGUGAACAUGACAUCACUUCAGAGGAAGCUUUUCGAAACACUGGAAGAUUUAAGUUUUGGGGAGCUCCAGCAAUUCAAGUGUCUCCUGCAGCACAAACACGUGAACGAAGGCCUCCCAAGAAUCCCAAGACACCAGAUAGAGAUGGCAGACAGAUUUGAAAUAGUGGAGCUGAUGGUGGAGAUCUACGGCCAACAGUCUGUGGAGGUGACCAGGGAGAUUUUAAAGAAGAUGAGCAGUACUGAUAUGAUAUGGUAUGAUAUGAAGUGGUCGAACCGAGGCUCAAGACUCAAAGUUGUAAUAUAUAAAGAGAAUUGCUCUGUGGAUGACCAUGAACCGGCACUGAGAGAAAUGGUCAUGAAGCUUUUGGAAACACUGGAAGAUUUAAGUGACGGGGAUCUCGUGAAAUUCAAGCAUGUCCUGCAGUACACUAACAUCAAGGAAGGCCUCCCAAGAAUCCCAAGACACCAGAUAGAGAUGGCAGACAGAUUUGAAAUAGUGGAGCUGAUGGUGGAGAUCUACGGCCAACAGUCAGUGGAGGUGACCAGGGAGGUUUUAAAGAAGAUGAGCAGGACUGAUCUGGUGCACAAGUUGUCAGACAUCAGCUCAGGAUCUAAAGAAUACAUGUGGACAGCCAGGCAGCCAAUUGAACAGAAGGUUUUAAAGAAGAUGAACAUGACUGAUCUGGUGCAGAAGUUGUCAGACAUCAGCUCAGGAUCUAAAGGGCCUUCAAGGAGUUUGGAGCUUGAGGCUUGUGGAACCAUUAUGCAGGACUCCAGUGACUGGACUAAACUAAUACCUGAAGUGAACAGUAAAGGUGCAGAAGAGGCUCCAACUUACAGCCUACAGUCUGAAGCAGGAAACCACUUUGAAUGCAGUGUCUCUGGCUUGCGCUGGGCCUGUAAGG